GGACCAAUCGCCUCCGUCAAUUAACAGCAACUCUGAGCGAAGAGGGCAUGACGAGUCUGAAGCAGCCAUGCGCGGUCCGCUGGCUGUCAUUGCCUAGGGCAGUGGAGAGUAUUAAAAAGAACUGGCCUGCUUUGGUGAUGGAGCUAAAUGAAGAAGCUGUGGGAGGAAAUGCCCAAGCCCAAGGCCUCCUGGGACAAAUCCAGCCAUACAGCUUCAUCGCCUUGACGCACACACUGGCUGAUGUUCUCCCCGUGAUGACCAAACUGAAUUUGGUUUUCCAGAAAGAGGAUGUAAAUCUGGCCACAAUCCGACCAAUGGUUCAAGCAUCCGUCUCGGCCCUCACACAUCUAUGAGAUGCACCCGGUCCAGAAGAACAGAGGUACCAAACGGAUUUCCAAGAAGGCAUGUACAAAGGCAUUCAAGUGACCCAUGCAGGCGACCGGUCCGUUCAAGCCUUCAAAAAUGCCCGAACAAGAUACAUUCAACACCUGAUCGAUGCUUUACACGCCCGUUUCCCUGACGAUUCCCUGGAUCUGCUUAACUGCUUCGACGUCCUUCUUAAUCCCUCCCGAUACCCACAGACAGCUGCACUUCGGGAGUAUGCAGAACCAGCCAUCCAAACCAUGCUGGGUCAUUUUGGCCAAGAAAUUGCAAGCGAGGACGAUUCGGCCACAGCCACCACAUUCAUCGAUGCCGCAAGCGCGAAGCGAGAUGCCAUCCCAAUGAUGACAGCCCUCCGCAGUUACGGGGGCUUGCAUUUUUCAUCGGCCUGCGAGAUGCUCAUAAGAGAUUACGCGGAAAUCUUCCCAGAGUGGGUCAAACUGGCAAAGGUAGCCUGUGUUAUCCCCGUCUCCAGUGUGCCAGCGGAGAGAGGCUUCUCCCUGCAGAACCGCAUAAAGACUGCUCAGCGAAGCCGCCUUGGGGAAGGAAGAGUCACAAGGCUUAUGCGCAUUGCAAGCAGCAGAGACACACUAGAUACAUUUGACUUUAAUUCAGCAGCGGCACGCUUCACAGCUGCCAAAUAUCGAAAGAAGUAAAAUAUAUUUUUUAUUUAUUUUUUGCUGCCUAGUUCAAGUCGCGGCCGGCAA